AUGGCUCCCAUCGACUCAUCGUCUAGUCCCAGUGACUCCAGCUCCAGCUCUCGAUGCUCCAGUUGGGCUGCUCUCUUGCAAAGUUAUGAAGAUGCAGUCGAGUAUCCAGGUGACGAUGCCGUUCAUGAUGCCGUUCAUGAUGCCGUUCAUGAUGCCGUUCAUGAUGCCGUUCAUGAUGCCGUUCAUGAUGCCGUUCAUGAUGCCGUUCAUGAUGCCGUUCAUGAUGCCGUUCAUGAUGCCGUUCAUGAUGCCGUUCAUGAUGCCGUACACGAUACCAAUCACGCCCAAGUCGUUGCAAAAAUGGCCAGCCUUGAUAUCGAGGCGACAGGCACUCUUCCAUUCAGUUCCAACACUACCGAUCCGGAGCUUCAGACAAUUGUUGAAACCACCGCUAUGGAUACUGUUGUCCAGUUGCCUCAGAUCACCAUCGAACAUAGCAGUACCCCCGCGAUAGAACCAGAGAAUCUCGAACAACUUAGAUCUCAGGUGCCGUUUUAUAAAUGGAUGCAGACGAUACAUCGUCGAGCAAGACAUCGACCCACGCGGUCGGACGAAAGCAUUGGCUCUCUGCGGCCGCCAUUCGACCCUGAUGCUCAUAGCCAUACAGCUCAUUGGAGAAGAACACACCAUCGACAAUCGUCUUCUGGAUCUUCUUUUGCCUUUGUUUCGGCGGUUCGAAGUGCUAGUGCCAGUCUCGCCAGUGUCAGUGCUGUGGCACGAUCACGAAAAAACGCACCGCGCUCACAAGGCUUCUCCACGACGGAGCGUAGCAGCAGAGCAUCCAUCUCAGGUCCUCGCGCGUCAGAAGACAGUGGCUUCCUGGAGAAUCAAUCCCUCGCCGAUCUGGCUGCCAUAGAGAGGUCACUGCAACGAAGAAGAGUACUGGAGGAGCUCAUCAGUACAGAAGAAGGGUACAUUGGCGACAUCCGAUUCCUCAUGAAUGUAUACGUCACAAUUUUGGCUGCGUUGCCUUCUAUAUGCGUCGGCCUGCGGUCAUCCAUCAACCAAAACUUGACAGAAAUCGUCAAACUACACGAGGAACUCCUUGGCGAAUUGCAUCGAGUAGUUCCACACUCGGAAUAUACGCAAGCCGACUUAGCUCCCUCAUUGACCCAUUUGCCAAAUCACGAUUGCCUUCAUGCCCACAGACGAUGGUCUAGUCUUGGUGCCGUACCAGAGCAAAACACGAAAGCAAGGUGGCUAUUGAAAGCCCCUGGCAUGCUGUCGGAUCCACAAGUGGCGGCAGAGGUCUCAAAAGUCUUUGGAAAGAAGAUAAGUCGGCUCUUCAUAUACGAGGAAUACGGAGCAACAUAUGAGAUGAUGAUCAAAGACAUUGCUUCAGCCCAGCAAACCAUACCAGAUUGGGAGACAUAUCAAAAGGGCCUUGAGGCCUUGGCGAUGGCCUUGGGGUCUGUCAAAGGUAGCGAAGAAGGGGCCAAAAAAGCUCUGACGAUAAAUGAUCUCCUUGUCAAGCCCAUCCAAAGAAUUUGUAAAUACCCUCUCCUCUUCUCUGAGCUUCUCAAAUGCACUCCGAUCUCAGACUGCCCCAACUCGCACAUGGAAGUCGACAAUACUCUGACAAGGCUUCGUGAAGCAACCACGGAGAUCAACAGGGCAUCGGAUGAUGAGCGGAUCAAAUCCACGCUUGAAAAGACUUGGAUUCUGCAGGAUCGACUAGCGUUCCCAGACAGGAAACUCGAUGCCAUUUCCAAAAGGCAAAUACGGUCCUUUGGUCACAUUCAACUGUGCGGAACACUUCACGUAUGCUGGCAGACAGAUGAUGGAGUCGAUGGUCAAUAUUUCAUUUGCCUACUCUAUCGCGAUGUUCUCUGUCUUGCCUCGGCGGGCAAGGUCGACCCGAUAUACACCAUCAUGGCCUGUAUCAAUAUUGACGGAAUCAGAAUCGAAGAAGUUGACAAUGGGCGAGGGCUGCAAUGCCACACCGCGCCCUUUUCUUGGAAGCUGUUAUUUGAAUGCGAUCAUCAAUUAUACGAAAUCAUCAUGACAGCUUGUACGUCAAAAGAGGAAACGGAAUGGAGAGCAAGAUUAUCCCGUCCGGCAAGAGAUGGUCAAGGAGUAAAGUCGCCGGAUGUGUUUAGCACGAUACAUAUGAACAUAAAGAGCUUGGGGGCUAUUUUUGGAAAGCAAGGCACACUUGUACGGCGGAUAUCAAUACAACGGGCUACUACUGUUGGAGCAGCCAAAUCCCCUCUGUGCCAAGUCAUCUUGAGAAACACCAAUGUAUUGCGAGACCACGGCGGGAAUGCGUCUGCGACUUUGGCCAUCAACCGUUCUCAGUCUCUAUUAACGACUACAACCCGAAUACCGGUGCUUGCGCCGCCAAGAGGUGAGAGAGCUCGGCUAGAGGCAAUCCUGGCAGACGUAUGGAGCAGGGAAGUACUCCCGUUUCCUGGAAUGACGAUGAAGUCUCGCAGUGAAAAUCUGGUUCGAAGCUCAGCAUCUACGGUCAUGAGAAAACUCAGCGUGGCUAGCUUCGCCAGCACCUUUACAAAGAGAUCAGCCUCUUCUGCGCAUAAAAAUCAAUCUUGCGAAAACAUCGCCAUGGAAACGAUCAAGCGCCGGGGUAUUCGAAGCCCAAUGGAUUUAGUUGCGAAUGGCGAUGCGUACAUGGGAGAAGAAGCAAACAGAAAGGUGAAGAGACAGUGCACCGGCAAUGGGCAUGUAAUGAUGAGAACACCUGCUGGUAGCAUGAAGGAGAUUACGGGAAGCUUUCGACGCCGCCAGGCAGCAGUACAGGAUAAUACGCUUCCAAAGCCAGAUCUUGCCAGCGACAUGUACGCCAUUCCUGUUUGCACAGCAUCCACGACCGUACAACCCCCGACAAGGCCUAUGAACUCUCGAGCCAUGACAGCUCCCUAUAGCGUGGGCAGAACGAGAAAAUCGCCUACGGAAAAGGUUCGAUAUCUUGGUCGAUGGACCAAGGUUAGUGUGGGGAGGAACGCCGGAAGUAGCAGCUUCAGAAAGCUGCUUUCCAUUGGCAGAGAUUCAUAA